AAGUCACUGAUAAAACAUCGAAAAAGUGUAGCAUACUUUUGUGCUUGAGUGGAAAAAACGCCCACGAGGCAGACGAAAAUGAAUUAAUCAAGUUAAAAUCAAGUAACAAACAUUGUCAAACAAGAAAGGGCAUUUAAGUAAAUUAAGUUUUGUAGGUAUUUUGGCUACACGAAAAUACACAGCGCCUUCAUCCUGCUCGUUUCGUGGCGAAAAAAAAGGAAAAUCUCGAUUUUUCCAGCUUAAAAUUACUAAAAAAAAAAACACCCAAAAUUCCUUUAAAGUAUAGUGAACAGUGAUCCUUGAAUAAUAUAACGAAGCUGGUUUCGCAAACAAACGAAAAAGCUAGCCAAAAGUGAACCUUUCUUCGGUGGGCCGCGAAAGGCGUUGCCAAAUCAAAGGCCACAAGGAUAAAACAACAAAGCCCUAACUGAACUUCAAACUAAAUUCUAAUCCAGGCACUGCGGCAAGAAGAAAACCUCAACAAAUUAAAGAUAUAAUCAACUGAAAUAUAUACAACAAAUUAAUCAUACGCACCGUUAAAAAGCAUCAAGUGAAAAAAUUGACUAACCGCAAAAACCAAAAGGAAAAAGCUAAGAAAAUAAAGGACAAACAAAGGAAUAAAACUCUUCACAGGAGGAGCAAAAGCAGCAGCAUCAGCAAGAACAUUCUGCUGCAUAAAUAAUACACUCGACGCACGCAUACGUAUACGCCAUAUAGGCCAGGACAUACCAGCAGGAUACCAUACUCGCAGAAACAACCACACACACCGACGGGCAGGACGUGCUCCUGUUUUAUUAUUUAACUGCUUUCAACGUCAGCAGCACGUUCAACCCGACGAAAGUCGAUUGAAAGCCGCCUUCAACGGCCCCAGCAUCCCUCGCUCGCUCUCGAAAAGCAAAAAAAAAGAGCGGGUCCUUUUGCUUGCCAGUGUGUGUGCGAUAGCAGGAGCGACGUCAACGUCAAUCCGCUCAAUAUUUAUACAUUGAACCGAGUCUCCUGGCCCACGAGUCACGGCCCUCUCAACGCAGACGCUCCUGGUCCUCCGCUUGGGCCCAAAAUAAAUAACAUCUGACAGCUGCCCGAAUCCUGAAAGCACUUAACGGGCAGUGAAAAGGAAGCCGAGGAGUCAAAGCGAAUAGCGAUACAAUUUCCAUAGGAAAACAUCAACCAAACUGAACGCGAUCUUAAAACAAAAACAAAACAAUGGGCGCCAAGGAAAGUGUCGAGGCAGCCGCCAAAAUGAACGCCGAUGGCUGGGGCCAUGUGGAGCGAUCGAGUCGCUACCACAACCAUCGGCACAACCAGCGCUCACAGUCCCUGAAUCGCGGACAGGCGCUCUCGCAGGCGGACGUGAGCGGCAUGUGGUGA